AUGCCUAAAGCAAACAAACGUAAAUCGGAAAAAUCAGGUCCUCAACCACGACAAAAAAAAAUAAAAAAAUCAACUCGACAAGCACAACUCGAGGAAGAUAAUAAGGAUGAAUCUAUGCAUGUUCAUCGAUUAGGUCCAUCACCUCAAUCGUCAUCAUCUUUAGUUCAACGUUUACCAUCAACACGUCAAUCCGAUACAAUUACACCCAUGAAAUCAACAUGGAUUAAUAAACAACGUGUUCUGAUAUUUUCAUCUCGUGGUAUAUCAUAUUUAGCACGUCAUGUUAUGAAAAAUUUACGUUCAUUAAUGGCACAUUCAAAAAGUGAACCUAAAGCAGAAAUACGUAAAAAUUUUUCGAUGUUAAAUGAAAUAGCUGAAUUACGUAAUUGUAAUAAAAUCUUAUUUUUUGAUAUGAAAAAAAAACGUGAUCUUUAUUUAUGGAUGGCAUCGGUACCUGAUGGACCAACAGUUAAAUUUCUUGUUGAAAAUUUACAUACAAUGGAAGCAUUAAAAUUAACUGGUAAUUGUUUACGUGGUUCACGUCCAUUAUUAUCAUUUGAUAAAAAAUUUGAUGAUGAACCACAUUGGAAAUUAAUUAAAGAAUUAUUUACACAAAUAUUUGGUACACCGAAAUCACAUCCAAAAUCUCAACCAUUUAUUGAUCAUGUUUUAACAUUUACAAUCAUUGAUAAUAAAGUUUGGUUAAGAAAUUAUCAAAUUGUUGAAGAAAAUGGUUCAUUAGCUGAAAUUGGUCCAAGAUUUGUUCUCAAUUUACAUUGUAUUUUUGAAAAAAGUUUCUCUGGUAUGUUGAUUUAUGAAAAUCCAUUAUAUGUUGCACCGAAUUUAAAACGUCAUAUGGCUAAAGCAGAAGCUUCACAAAAAUAUCAACAACGUGUUUAUCAAAAAUUAUCAUACGAACAAAAGAAACCAAAAGAAAGUUUUCCAUAUGAUAAAACUGAUGAAAUAUUUCAAACACCAGCACCACCAGCCGAUAAUGAGGAUGAUGAUGAUGAUGAUGAUGAUUCGGAUUCGGAUUCGGAUUCAGAAUAA